UUAUCAGCACCGCCUGACGGUGUCGUGCGUGGCAUAAUAGCAGUGGCCCAUACACUCGCGGCGUGAUAUCUAGCACGACACCGCCUCAUAGCCACCAGUGACCGACUCCAGCAUAGCCGAGCCACGAUUUCCUGAAGACCUAACAGACACCACCGCGGCGAGGGGCGUUGCGUCACCACCACCGCGGCCAGCAGGAGGUUGUCAGGCCACCACCACCACCACCACCAGCAGCGGCAUGGCGUCUGCAGGGAAGGGACCGACCAUGAUUCGCUCAGCGGCGUCCAGGGGGUGUCGGGCGUGGGCCACAACAUUCACUAAGGCCAACAUCACCACCACCACCAGCACUGGGACGUCCACCAUCGGCACCAACGUGACACGGGGUAGACGACUCCCCCACACGGCCACGUCCAGUAAGCCGGCAGGAGAAGAGGGUCUCAAGUGGAGGUUCCCCGCAGACGAUAGGACACAGGCCAGAGUGGCGGCUGUGGAGAGCGGGUGUUGUCAGAGCACCAUCCUCACCUUUAAUUCCGUGGCGCCCAUCACCCCUGACCUGAUGGAGGAGGCGCUCGUCCACCUCUAUGGCAAGAUCGAGUCACUCAGACUUUGCUUCAGGCAAAGAGAGGGGCAACUGUGGGUCGCCAACAUGCCUCGACAAAAAAUAGAUUUACAGGUGGUGACCUCUACGGACUUGGAGCACGAACACUCUGAAUUGCAUAAAGUAAAAUUUGAUCUCUGUAAUGGGCCAUUGUGGAAUGCUCGGCUCAUGCCAUGUCCUCCAGAUGCUCCCUGUCCUCUCCCUGAAGUGAAGGCAGCAUAUCCUCAUCAGUGUCACCUCCUAAUGUCCGUCCACCAUGCUGCUAAUGACGGAAUAGUCGUACUACUGAUGUCGGAGCAGUUGUCCCACAUCAUCGACAGCCUCCUCGGAGGAUUACCCGUGGACACUAGGCCAGUCGGGGAGCUCCGUGACGGCGUGGAGGCCAGAGAGAGGGAAAACAAGAUUAGGGAAGAACUAGAAAGGGAUCCUGAGAGGCUUAUGGCGGCCAUCAGAAAACAUUUACCGAGCAAACAUCUUCCCCUGCUCAUGGAAGCUUAUGGUGUCCCGAACGAAGCAAACCCAACUACGACGUAUUUGAGGACUUUGCUCCUCGACAAGCAGAUGGUGGAGAAGAUCACUGCCAAGGCCCGAGCCACUGGCGCCACCCUCAACGCCUGCUUCAUUGCUGCCUUGAACGUGUCCAUGAUGGAGGUGGCGCGCGAAGGGGGGUUGGAAAGAGACAUCUACAGUCUUUCCACAUGGGUCCCCGUCAAUUCCCGCCGACUAAUGAAGAACUGUAAAAAACUUCCUCUUGGCUGUCAUUCCAUACCCUUCACGCAGUGCACCUCAACGCCACGUGACGUGAAGAAAAACUUCUGGCAGUACGUGCAGCACCUCGACACCGAGCUCCGUGGGAAGAUAAAAAGGGACUACAUGUGCGAACAGAGGGUCCUGGAGGCGCUGCUCAGGCCGGAGGGAUUUACGAACGAGGUUAUGUUUGGCGGGCUACAUAUCCCUGACUGUGAUUAUGUUUUCGCAAACCUCUACUCUCCCAAUAUCAGUCACCAGCGAGGCGUUGGCAAGAAUGUUCAAAUAACAGCGACGGGCAAUUACGCGAGCCUUCAUACAGGGAUCACUGGCGUAGGACAAGCAGUAUUCCCCUUUCGCGACCAAAUCCGCUUUCAAUUCGGUUACUCCACAGGAGUCUUGAGCAGGAGAGUAGGUGAAAGAUUGCUCGAGAAAAACGUCUCUGUGCUCCAUGAUGUCUCCAAUAUGGUGGAAUAAAUGUAAAUGUAGAUUGUAGAGCUAUCUGGGGAGGUGGUGGCUGAGUCGUGAGAGUGCUAGCGCGGCGUCUUGGAGUACGCCGGUUUACGACCCGCCCACCGAUACAAACAAGCUGGCAACUUUUCAGUCAUCACUCAGUGGCCUGAGACUACCUACAUGGAGUCCUGAAGAUCAUCAUCUAUCGGCCCGGACUCUUAGAUUCUCACUAAAAGAGGAUCGAAGAUUAGCUAAGGGGGCAGCAUGAGCCGAGGAAAAUGGCGCCACCAUAAACACCUACCAGCGUCAUAACGGGCUGGAGCUGACCACCAGGCCCCACUAAAAAAGUAUACUGGUGAUGUGUACGUAGAUGUCCCCGUGUACGGAGCUGUCCUCGAGAGAAAUGCGCAUUGACAUAGGCGAAUGUUUACAAAGACUUGCUGAUGAACAAAGUUGUACGCAGGUGUUCCCCCGAUAACAUGGCUUCAGAUUUACGGGAAAGACUGGCCAAAUUUAGGGAUGAAAUAGGCCCUUUACAGUAUUUUCUCCUAAAUGGAUAUCAUCCGACAAUCCUUCCAAGCAACCAAAGAAGAGGUCUGAUGGUUUCGUAUAUAACCAAGCAGAAUAUCAUAAAUCAAAAAUUAACCCUAUAAGGUACUUUUUUAACUUUUGACAUGAGUCGUUCAAUUUCGUUCAGAAAUGUCAUGUGGGCAGGAGAUGGACCGUAACCUCCGAUAUAUAAGAAUGCAAUCUGCCCCCAAACAAUUGUCAUACUCACAUCAAUAUAAUUUUGUUUUGAAAUUACCACUCCCGAGAAUGUACCCGUGGAUCACCGCAAAAAGGCUUUUGAACGGCCCUUCACUUCACUUAUUACAAAACAGAGCGCUGUAUUGGAUUCUUGAAGUGUUUUUCUUAUGAAAUAAUAAAAUAAAUAUGCCCUCUCGUGCUUUAAACCACUGGUGGGACAACCAUAUGCCCACGACAAGCUGCGUACACAGAUCCGUGUAUAUAGCGGUUCGCCCUUUGUUUGUAAACAAAGCGGAUAGAGCAAAGUACAAGGGACAUCUACGUGUCGGGCCCCGGUCCGUCGCGACGAAAAUAGAAAAACCUACAAUGAAAUGGUAGCCAAUUCCGAGCAGCUGACAGUAACUCACACCUGGGUCCAGAGAAUGAUAGGGUCUGAUCACGCGCAGCUUGCAGCCGAUGAAGGAGGGACAAAGCGCGGCUGUGGCUGUGAUAUCACAUAGUGCGGGUGGCUCUCUCCCCCACCCCUUCCACCUCCCUCAGGCUUUCUCUCUCUCUCUCUCUCUCUCUCUCUCUCUCUCUCUCUCUCUCUCUCUCUCUCUCUCUCUCUCUCUCUCUCUCUCUCUCUCUCUCUCUCUCUAAUUAAACGGUUAUGAUAACUUCUUGGGUUUUGAUUAUGCUGUUAGUUUUGUUUGGAGUAUAUUAAAAAUAUGACGAACAGCGACUUGUAGCGUAAAGCAACACAUGAACUCACUUAGUUGUAUGUUUACAUAGUUGGGUUUCAUAAAUGUUAAAUGAUAUAUGAAUUUACUGAGUACAUAAACUUAGUGACUUUUA